AUGUGCUUUUCUAUCUGCAUCUGUACUUUUUUUAGUGUCUGUGCUGGUUCAUACCUAGCUUUUUCUACUUAUCUAUCUAUCUAUCUAUCUAUCUAUCUAUCUAUCUAUCUAUCUAUCUAUCUAUCUAUCAUCACCCACAGAGAAACUCUUUUCUCUCUCUUCUCCUUUCUCUCUUCCCCCCUUACUUUCUUAAUUUAUCUACGAACGGAGAAGUUUUGUUCCGAUUGGGAAAAAUCCUGUCAUUUAGAUGGAAAAAACUUAAUUUGGCGAUUUUCAAAAAAAAAAGGUCCUUGUUCUAAGCCGAAAAAUGGCGUCUGCUACGGUGAACUGCUCUCCCAAGACAUUCUCUCCUCGAGUCUUAAUACAUCAAAGAGAUUACAAUGGUCUUACAAACAUGUGCAAACGAGGAACAGCUGGCAUGGUACUAUCGAGAAAAUCCAUUACGGCGCUGCCCCUACGUACCGGUCUCGAUACAGGCUCAGUAACCGAAACAGAACCAGUGAACUUCGAACUAAGAAACUCGGAAUCCAGCCGAAAGAAAACAACACAGUCUGUCUGUGCCGUCCUGCGCCACCUCCUUAUCUUUUACCAUUCCACCUUCUUCUGUUCCGUUUCCUCCUUUUUCUGCUAACUCCGCUCCUUCAUCUUUGUCCCCUGUGUGCCUUUUCCGCCGAGAAUCGUUCUUCACGUACGAUCCUAAACCGCCAUUAUUUGAUGGCCUAG